AUGGAUGUGGUGUCACCCAUCACAUUGGAAGGAAAAAUAAUCUUUCGGGACGUGUGCAAGACUAAAGUACCAUGGGACGCUGAUAUUCAAGAACCGUUAAGCCGUCGCUGGAACGAAUGGGAAAAGUCGCUGCCAAACGAAGAAACCAUACCACGUCCAAUAGUGAAAUACCGAGAGCCAGUUUUGAAUGUAGAACUCCACACCUUUGGUGAUGCCUCGACGAAGGGUGUCGGAGCAGUGGUAUACUCCGUAGUGCGACAAAAAUCUGGGAAUACACAACAAUUAGUAACGGCCAAAUCUAGAUUGGCCAAAGAAGGAUUGACAAUAAAUCUUUGUGGUGGAACGGUCCAGAAUGGUUGGACGAUCCAGAGAAAUGGCCAGACAACCUUGAAACGCAACCAUCCACAGCUACUGAAGUUGAAGCCAAAGUGGUUCGAGAGGUUCUUUGUGCAACACAAGCCCAGCGAGUAG